AGCAGUUACUGCAUAUCUUCAUACUGUCUUUGGUAGGAAGGACGCAGAUGGCUGAGUAGCUAGCUACUGUAGCAAAAUUAGCCAAUAAAAUAACACAAUCACUCGUACAAGUGACACCUAACGUUGAUUUCGACAGUUUCAGGGAUAAACCAGAGUCAAGAAGAUGGCUGACACAGAGCAAACAAGUGCCCCUCCUCCCCCUCAAUUAGGGACAGUGCAAUUCAUGUUGGCUAACAAACUAGAGACGGCAAUGUGGCUCUCGCGGCUCUUCACCGUCUAUUGCUCAGUAAUGUUCAUUCUACCUCUCUUAGGACCCCAGGCGGCUGCCAAUUUCUAUCAGCGUGCGCUGCUGGCCAACGCACUCACCAGUGCUCUGCGGCUACACCAGCGGCUUCCUCACUUCCAGCUCAGCAGAGCCUUUCUAGCCCAGGCACUCCAAGAGGACAGCUGUCACUACCUGCUGUACUCCCUCAUCCUGGUCAACUCUUACCCCAUUACAAUGAGCAUAUUCCCAGUCUUCCUUUUCUCGUUGCUUCAUGCAACCACCUACACAAAGAAGGUUCUUGACGCAAUGGGCCCCAAUAGCCUUCUCUUCAUGAGGAACUUCCUCAACAAGCUCUCGGCCAACCAGCAGAACAUCCUGAAGUUCAUCGCCUGCAAUGAGAUCUUCCUCAUGCCAGCCACCAUAUUCAUGCUCUUCAGUGGCCAGGGAAGCUUGCUGCAGCCUUUCAUUUACUACAGGUUUCUAACUCUCCGCUAUACAUCAAGGAGAAACCCAUAUUGCCGCACCCUGUUCUCAGAGCUGCGGAUUCUGCUGGAACAUUUCGUCAUGAAGCCCGCCUGCCCCGCCUUCUUCAGAAAGAUGUGCCUCAACAGUAUCUCCUUUAUGAGCCGCCUGGCCCCCACCGCAGUGUGACCUUACUUCCUGUUCCCACACAACCAUAGUUUGUACUGUAAGGGGCGUGGCAGCAUUUCAACUCAAGAGGGACGGAAGAACAACAACUUUGAGAGCAAGGAAAAAAACCUUUUGAAUGUUAGUCUGUUCUGUCUUCCUGCUGCUCUGUUCAUAUGCUACAGCGGAGGCUGAGGCUCGGACUGCGACGCACUGAAAACUGAUUGUUUUCGAUAUGGCUUUAUGGAACAGCCGAACACUCACUCCACCCCCCCCUCCACUCCCUUUUUUUUCUCUCGCUCUCUUUGGGAAUAAACACCAGCUGACUAUUUGAUGUGUUCUACUUCUAAGGAUUGACCUUGUGAUGGUUAAAUGUCUUUGUCAUGGAAAAUACUUGUUCUUAUCUUUUAAAAAAAUAAAAUACUAACUUCUGAGAUCAGAUAAUUAAAUUGUA